UUGUCAAAAAUAACCUCUUUCUUAUCGCAUUCUUCGGGGCAGUCCAUUGAGAAAAUUUUCAAGAUGCGGACAAUUCAAGAUGCGUAUCAAAUGUUGCAAUUGCUUGAAUUGACACAGAAGUCGAUUCACCAAAUAAUUGGCGAAUGGGCAACAGAAUACUCGACAGAGCCAUCAAGAGCAAGCAAACUAGGGACUGAAAAGAAAGACUCUUCUCUUCCCAGCCGCGAGCUUUAUGAAGCGAGACGUACUCUUUUGGCAGUAACGGGAAAGUUGGUCGAGCUUGUCGCAGAUCCUAGUGAACGUUUAUUAGAGGUUUCAUCUUCAUAUAACGAGGCCAGAUGUCUCCACAUUGCUGCAUCACUGCGUAUUGCAGAUAUAAUACAUGCUGGUGGCGAGGCUGGCGCUAGCAUCGAAACGCUAUCUAAACAAACCGGUGUCGAGGCCGCAAAACUUGGUCGUAUUAUGAGAUGUCUCUGCUCAAAUCAUGUCUUUACGGAAAUAAAGGAUAAUUGGUUUGCGAACAAUCAUAUUUCUCAAGCACUAGUGGAUAACGAACCUCUACGAGCAUACAUUGUCAUGUUCUCGUUCGACUUAUACACGGCGUCCGACUCUCUUCCGCGCACUCUUAUGCAUUCUGAUUUCGCAAACUCGUACUCAGUCUCGGAAACUUCGUUCCAGAAGGCACUUGGUAUCAGUAAGGAACGGUGGAACUGGCUUGAGGAAGAAAUUUCUCCUACUGAUGUGCAAAAUGGCGGUCCUGGCAAAUACCCUGGAUGUUUUGGACCGGAAUACUCGUCUGCGAUAGCUCAGAUUCAUAGUAACCACACGAUCAAGCGACCAGAGCAUGAAAUCUUUGGAUUAGCGAUGCUCGGUGGUGGUAAGAUCACUGGAGUUGCGCAUCUAUACGAUUUUCCUUGGUCUAGCCUGGGAAAAGCUACUGUGGUUGAUGUCGGAGGCGGUGUUGGUGGUUUUUGUCUUCAGCUUAGCCAUAUAUACCCAGAACUCAACUUCGUUGUUCUGGACAGAGCCCCUGUAUUACAGCAGGCACAGAACACUGUUUGGCCUAAAGAAAAUCAGUCAGCGCUGGAUGAAGGGCGUGUGAAAUUCAUUCCUCACAGUUUCUUCGAGGAAAAUCCAAUCAAGGGGGCGGACGUGUACUGGCUCCGAUAUAUCUUGUAUAUCCAAUCCCUUCCUUUGAAUCCGUCAAUAACUCAAUGCGGAUGUAAUACUGAUAUGAACUAUCAAAAUAUACAGGCAUGACUGGUCAGACGACUACUGUGUUCAAAUCCUAGAAGCUAUCAAAUCCAGCAUGAGUCCCAAGUCUCAUAUACUUAUCUGCGACCAAGUGAUGAAUACUACAGCAGGGUAUGACAGUCUGGUUUCCGCACCGUCUCCGCUGCCUGCAAAUUACGGCUAUUACACACGGUACAGUCACCAACGAGAUAUUGCAAUGAUGAGCAUAAUCAACGGUAUUGAACGUACUCCUGCAGAGUUCAAAAAUAUCAUUGAGAGAGCUGGUCUUGAAAUGUCACGUAUUUGGGAUUGCAGGAGUCAGGUCUCCCUUGUCGAAUGUACUCUUCCUCGUGUAGAGGAGACAAAUGGAGUAGAGGGCCAUUAGUUACUUGGUAUUGUUUAAGUGCAAGACUCGAACUUAGGACAGAAGAGCUGUUCAAAUAGGCAGUGGAUCGUGCGCUCUCGGAAAAGGAGCUUCUGAAGGUUGUCGACCUGCCGAAUGUCUCGGGCAAAGGCCAUAUUUUACGUUCUUAGGAUUUUUUGCUCUGUGCGUUCUCUUAUUCCGUUAAUAUCGUACAUAUGCCCUUCAGUGUUCCAAUUCCAGAUGCCGCGUACUCAGAAUGGC